AUGUCAAUAGACCUGAAAGAAGUCAUCAUCAUUGGUGGAUCCUAUGCUGCUUUGCUUGCUUUGAAAACUUUUCUUGCGCAACAACCAUCAUCUUCUGACUCGAUUCCACAGUUAAAGAUUACCCUAAUUGCUCCUAAUGAUAAGGCUUUUUUCAACAUAGCUUCUCCCAGGUUAAUCGUUGAUGAAGAUUUAUUAAUUGACAAGACUUUUUUUUCUUUAAAGGAUCAUAUUGAACAGCUUGUUACUAGCCAAGGAAAUAAAGGUCACGAAGUGGUUUUUAUAAAAGGAAGAGUGGUUAACUCUGACUUCGAGGCAAAUACAAUUACGUACGAAGAAAAUUCUGGAGAAUUUGAGAGAAAAGAGCUAAAGUAUGAUAACUUGAUAGUUGCUUCAGGGACAAGGACCCCUUCAUCUGUUUGGAAAUUGGACAAUGUAAAAGACCAGGAUUAUACUAUUUCUGCAAUUGAAGGUUUGCGCAAGCAGGUGAAAGAAGCUAAGAGUAUUGCCAUAAUUGGAGGUGGCGCUACUGGUGUGGAAACUGCUGGUGAACUUGGAUAUGCAAACAAGGCGAAGGAGAGCAAGGAUAAAAAGAGAGUCGUGUUGUACACGGGUUCAUUUGGACCAUUAUCUGGCCCGCUUCCUAAACACGUCGAACAAACAUCAAAGAAAUUGAAAGAUCUCAAUGUUGAGAUAGUGAAUGAUCAAUUUGUAAGUAAAGUCAAAGACGGAGUAGCAUUAGAAGGAACAGGAGAUGAAGAUAGAGUUGAAAAGUUUGAUUUGGUUAUUGAGGCUCAAAGACUCAUUCCCAACACAGAAUUUAUCCCUGCUUCUCAAUUAAACGAGAAGAAAUAUAUCAUCACAGACGAUUAUUUUAGAUUACCUGAGCAUCAAAAUGUCAUUUGUUUUGGAGAUGUCCUUGCUAUGGGUGAACAAUCGUCUGUUGAUUUAACUUAUGCUCAAAAGCCAGUGUUUGCAAAAACUGUUGCCAAGGAAAUUUUAAGCCAGGACGUAAAGUUGGUGUCGUAUCAAAAACUUUCUAGACAGAUAAUCCUUGUUCCAAUUGGAAAAGAUGGUGGCGUCGGUGUGUUAUUUGGCUUUUCAAUACCAAAUUUUUUGGUCAGGUUAUUCAAGUCUAGAGAUUUUAUGAUUCCAAAAGCCAAGGGGAUUCUUUCCUUGGAUUAA